AUGGCGGCGACAGGAAGAACAACGGCAAGAGAAUCGUCACCAUCACUGUCAACAACGAUGAGUUCCAUGAAAGCUUCCCAAAGGCGGAGGAUACUGGCCCAACAUGAAGCGGCGCUAUCACGCCUUCUCAUCGUCAUUGUAAUAGUAGUGCUGGUUACAUCUUCUGUGGUGGACUCUGCUCUGGUGGGAGACGAACAGUUUGGUCGUGUCGCUGGAGGAGCCUUUUGGGUGUUUACCAGCCACGGCAUCUCGAUUGUGAAUCCGGAUACCUGUCAUGUGGAUCAUACGUUUACACAUGACAAUGCCCACGAAGCCUUGCCCAAGCGAUGGAGUAGUGGAGUCUAUAUGGUUCGCCAAAGUCCGAAUGAGUUUGAAGACGACGACAUUCCCCUCACAGAUACUCCCGAAUUACUACCCAAACAAGAUGCCUACAUUCUCAUCAAUAGUGGAGAAACCAAAACCAUUGAAGAUGGCAAUACGGAUACUCCCACUUAUGAAGCAGAAGUCAUUGUCUUGGAUACUACUACUGCCAGCAAAACGCCAGUACUGCAGAGAAUCACUGUGGGAGGAGCAUUGGGAAAUGCUUAUGCGGUGCACAAUAGAAAUCAGUUCUGGACCCACUCCUCUGCCGAUGGAUUCUUUUACGUGUUGGAUUUGAACACUGAAAUCAAAGAAAACGAAGGACAUCCCGUCAAGGCCAAAAUCACCACGGCCAAAGACAAGGGGCAUUUGAUGUGGGAAAUGGGCAUUGGUGAUGAGACCGUCUCUCUCAAAGAUAGUCCACAGAUUGCAUACGCCACUUCCGCGGCCGUCGCACAAUUGUUCAUUUUGGAUUUACAAGUCCACAAACAAGUGGCCGUGUACGAUUUUUCCAAAGAUGUCAAUCAAGGCACGUGUCUCGGGGCCGCGUCCAUGGCAUUUUCCAAAACCAAUCAACAUUUAUAUAUUCAGUGUGUCGGGGGACCCGGUGGGACGCUCGAGAUCGAUGUGUCUCAUCCGGCAUCACCAGUGCUCGUUCAGCAACAUCAUCACGUCGGUGGAGCCCUCGUCGAAACACCCGAUCAAGUCUAUGUGACUGCCACCGACAAGGGGGCCGAUCGCAUGACGUUUUUUCUGCCCACACAAACGGGAGAUCCUUCCACCACGGAAUUCACCAUUACCGUCAAGGGACAUCCCGAAGCUCCCGUCUUUUACGAAUCGCCCCAAACACUCGAUUACAUUGCCUGCAUGCCACUCACCGACAAUCUCAAUCGAGCCCAUCGAACGGAUGGAGAACCAACGCAAACAGAAGAUGGAGUGUUGAAUGGUACUACUCCACCCCAAAGUCCAGUUAUCUGCGAUUAUCACAAUGGUUGCGACAAUGCCCAAACUCCCUUUGAUACCAAACACGGCGUCUGUGACUAUCAACCUGCCAAUCCCACGCUCUUGUUGGUCGCCACGGCGGACGAUUUGGAAAAGGUACAGGCACACGAGGAACCCUUUGGACAAGCCUGUGGCAUGUGCGAAUUGCCACAAGAUUAUUGGAAUCCAAAGGGAGAAUGCGUCUGUACACCCCAAUGUGGAGCUUGUGCCAACGAUCAUUAUCCCAUUCGACAAGAUGAUCCGUUGCUGGCAACCACCGGUGUCAUGUGCGUCGAUGUCAAGGACGCCAUGCUGGACGUGCUGCAUCAUUCCGAUCUUAUUGAAGGAGCCGGGGCCAUUGUACAACCCAAAGCAUCCGAAAAUCCCAAUUUAAAAUUUAUUCAUGGACCGGGCGUCUCGACACCGGAAUGUGCUCUGGAUGAACCCAUUCGACCGCAUAAACGUGGUUCCAAUAUCUACGAUGCUUCCAUUUCCACAAUUCCAUCGCGUGAAUUGAUCAUUGUCGAUAUGCGAGUGGAAUCGUUGAAAUGCCGCGUGGAAUUGCCAGGCACGCCACAACAAGUCAUCUACGUCCCCACCAGUCAUCAUUACAAACAGAGCGAUGGCGGUGGCAGUCUGAGUCCUGGCAUGAUUGCCUUGAUUGUCAUUGUUACUGUAUUCGUCUUGGUGGCAUUGUCGGCCAUUCCAGGAUCACGGUUUGCCAAGAGGAACGUGGACAACCAUAAUAAUAAUGCUGUCGUCAUGGAUGACAGCGACGACAAGGAAGGGCUUCCAACAGGCAACGGUGGCAUUGAAAUGAUGACCAAUGGAAAUAAUAGUGGAAGUCCCUACAUUGAUCCUGCGGUUGCAGAAUCCAAACACGAAGAGUCCGAUCCAAGUCAUGAAUACGAAUACGGUGACAAGACGUUUGUCAUUGAUGAUGAUGCGCCGGAUCCCAUGCCGCCUUUGUCCACGCGAUCUGAACCUUCCGCAGGGCCUGGAGGAGAUCCAACGACCAGUGUCCAUAGUGGUCAAAUGACGUGA